GGGCCCUGUGGGUGUGGCAAGAGGAAGAAUGACUGCUCGCUUUGUGAUUCUUGAUCCGGAACUUGUCACCCAGGAACCCCGGAAGAGGUAGUUUACGCGAUAGAAACGUGUUCGCUGCCCAGAAGAAAGGAAGGCGCGAGUGAGGAAAAGAGGUACCGUAGUGUCUCCUGUUUCUGGUGAGAUGAAGAAGAGGAAGGCAAUUACUCUUGAAAUGAAACUCAAGAUAAUUGCCCAGCAUGAAGGUGGCAAGCCAGUAGUGGCCAUUGCACGUGAGUUAGGACUUUCGCAAUCCACGAUUUCAACCAUCUUAAAGGAUAAGAAGCGAAUCAGUGAUGCAGCGAAAUCGUCAGCAUCAGUUAAAUCCACUGUCAUCACAAAGAAAAGGGCUGGACCGAUUGAUGAUAUGGAAAAAUUACUUGUUAUGUGGAUGGAAGACCAGAUACAGAAGCAUAUACCGCUUAGCCUACUGAUGAUCCAGGCUAAGGCAAGAAGUCUUUUUAAUAUGCUAAAAGACCGUGCCAGUGAUCCUACAUAUACACAAAUGUUUAAAGCAAGUCAUGGAUGGUUCCAGCGCUUCAAAAGGCGUCAUAAUUUUCACAAUGUAAAGAUCACUGGUGAGGCAGCACGUGCUGGUAAUGAAGGUGCCAUAGCUUUUAAGGAACAGCUGCAUAGGAUAAUCAUGGCUGAAGAUCUUUGCAAUAAGGAGCUGAUUGCACUGGAGGAAGAAAGAGGUAAAGGAGUUGAGGCAGUGGAAGAAGUUACACCCACGGCACCUAGAAAGUUCACAGCAAAGAAACUGGCAGAGGCAUUUGCUGCUAUCAGCAGUGGCCUACAGAUGUUAGAAGAAAUGGACGUCAAUUACGAGAGAUUCGCCACAGUUGACAGGCAGAUACAGGAUGCUCUUGCUUGCUACAGAGAAAUAUAUAAUGAAAAGAAGAAACAAGCUGUACAGUCAAAACUUGGUAUCUUCCUGAAGAACAACACUGUGCUUGCUAAACCGUCAACUAGUGUUGAUGUCCCAAUGCCUUCUACCACCUAUUCUCUAUGUUCAUCAGAAGAGAGAGAAAUUGAGGACCCUAUUGCAUCCCCAUCAUCCAGCAAUUAAUUCUAUUUCAGUGCUUCAAACAUUUUUCACGACCACUGUGCUUUCAGCUGUGUACAUUAAUGAUGCCCUCCAAAUCCUUGGUUAUGGAAUAUUUGGCUCAUCCCAGUGCACUCGGCUUGGCUGUUGGAGUUGCUUGUGGCAUGUGCCUGGGCUGGAGCCUUCGAGUACGCUUUGGGAUGCUCCCCAAAAGCAAGACGAGCAAGACACACACAGAUACUGAAAGUGAAGCAAGCAUCUUAGGAGAGAGUGGCGAGUACAAGAUGAUUCUUGUGGUUCGAAGUGAUUUAAAGAUGGGAAAAGGGAAAGUGGCUGCCCAGUGCUCUCAUGCUGCUGUUUCAGCCUACAAGCAGAUUCAAAGAAGAAAUCCUGAAAUGCUCAAACAAUGGGAAUACUGUGGCCAGCCCAAGGUGGUGGUCAAAGCUCCUGAUGAAGAAACCCUGAUUGCAUUACUGGCCCAUGCAAAAAUGCUGGGACUGACUGUAAGUUUAAUUCAAGAUGCUGGACGUACUCAGAUUGCACCAGGCUCUCAAACUGUCCUAGGGAUUGGGCCAGGACCAGCAGACCUAAUUGACAAAGUCACUGGUCACCUAAAACUUUACUAGGUGGACUUUGAUAUGACAACAACCCCUCCAUCACAAGUGUUUGAAGCCUGUCAGAUUCUAACAAAAGCUGAAUUUCUUCAUCCAACUUAAAUGUUCUUGAGAUGAAAAUAAAACCUAUUCCCAUGUUC